AAGCCUUGUGGGUAGGGUACCAACGUCCUUGUCCUACCAAGCGCCGCACAUCGACAGCCUCCACGCAAGGGCUUGAGGAUCUCUGUCAUUUACUUGUACUUGAGUAAAAUCUGAUUUUCAGACAUGUUGGCAGCCAGAUUUCUCCGUCGCGCUCUCCCUGCGCUGAGGCAAACUCGCUCCUACGCCGAAGCCGCCACCGGCGCCCCGCAGAUGUCCUUCACAUUCGCCUCCCCGACACAGGUGUUUUUCCAAGAGGCCAGUGUGAAACAGGUCGACGUGCCCACACUUACUGGUGCGUUCGGCAUCCUUCCUGCCCAUGUACCCACCCUGCAGGUGCUCAGGCCCGGUGUCGUCACAGUCUUUAAUGAUGACGGUUCUGCUGUCAAAUACUUUGUGAGCAGUGGGUCGGUUACAGUAAACGCGGAUUCUUCAGUGCAGCUGCUGGCUGAGGAGGCUGUUCCCUUGGACCACCUGGAUGUUGCUGCUGCCAAGGCCAACCUGGAGAAGGCCCAGUCUGACUUGGCCAGUACAUCUGACGAGGCAGCGAGGGCAGAGGUUCAGAUCAGCAUAGAGGCCAACGAGGCCAUCCUCAAGGCUCUGUCAUAGAUCUGCGGUAAUCUUUGCUGUUUCUUUCAUGGAAAUCAAAAGUCCAUCUGCUUUUCCAGCUCAGUCACGUCAGUGUCCAGAAGAUUCCAUGUUUGCUUUGUACAGUGGAUGAAAUUACGAAAUAAAUUUAUUUGGAAUUUA